CCCGCGCGCGCGGGCGCCGCGGCCGUUGUGUGUGAGGGGCCGGUCCUGGGGCCUCCGCUCGCAGCCUCCACCCGGCCAUGGGCGUGAGAAAGAAGUCGCUGCAGGUCCAGGAGGCCUUCCAGCUGGCCCAGAAGCCUCACCAGAACCAUGCGAAGCUCGUGGUGGCUCUGAAGGGCACCUAUACUCAGAUGGAUGAUAAAGAAGACUUUCAUGAAAAAUUCAUUCAUUUCCUCAAGUAUGCUAUGAUAAUCUACAGACGAGAACCAGCAGUGGAGCAAGUGAUCAAUUUUGUGGCUAAAUUUGUUACUUCAUUCUAUCAGACCGAGAAAGAUGAUGAUAGUGAGGAGGGAGAAGAAGAUAAUUUACUUCUGAAUCAUGUGUUUAAAUUUCUGCUUGAGUCUCAUGAUGUGAACAGCCACGCAGUUAGAUUUCGAACAUGUCAGCUUGUUAGUAAGAUUUUGGGAAAUAUGCCAGAAAAUGCCCAGAUUGAUGAUGACCUAUUUGAUAAAAUUAAUGAAGCUAUGCUGAUUAGACUUAAAGAUAAAUUUUCGAAUGUGAGAAUUCAAGCUGUCUUGGCCCUGGCGAGACUUCAGGAUCCUAAGGAUGAAGACUGUCCUGUUGUUAAUAUUUACACCACAUUGCUUGAAAAUGAUUCAAACUCAGAAGUGAGACGUGCAGUGCUGUCAUGUAUUGCUCCCUCAGCAAGGACUUUGCCAGUAAUUGUAGGCCGCACUAUGGAUGUAAAGGAAGCUGUCAGGAAGCUGGCAUAUGAGGUUUUGGCAGAAAAAGUUCACAUGAGAGCUCUGUCAAUAGCACAGAGAGUAAAAUUGUUGCAACAAGGACUUAAUGACAGAUCUGAUGCUGUUAAGGAGGUAAUGAAGAAGCUACUUCAAGUCUGGUUACGAGUCACUGAAGGGGAUGUUUUAGAGUUGCUUCAUCGACUGGAUGUAGAAAACUGCCCAGAAGUGGCCAUCCCAGUACUAAAUGCUCUAUUUUCAUUAUCUCCACUUCAUGAUGUUGUUCAGGAAUGUAAAUACCUUGACAGCAGAAAACUGAUUCCACUGGAAGACUUAACAGCUGAGAAUGUGUUACAUUGGAGAUGUCUUUGUGAAAAUCUAAAAUCAAAAGGUAAAGAAGGUGAAGAUUUACUAGAGGAGAUGUUGCCAGAACCAGCUGUAUACGCAGAUUAUUUAUUAAGUUAUCUUGAAACUAUGCCAGUUCUUACUGAAGAACAAAAAGAAGACUUUAAUUGUUUUGAAAACCUGAUGACAAAAGAAUUUAUAGGCCAGCAACUGAUUCUUAUCAUUGGCUGCAUGGAUACCAUGGAAGAGGGAGGAAGAAAGCAUCUGUUAGUUAUUUUACAAAGGAUUCUCAUUCUACCUGCAACUUCAGCAGCACUUAUACCUCCGCUCGUUGAAAGAUUGCUCAGUAUCGUUAAGGGUGAUGACACAAGGAUUCAAAUCAUUGCAGAAAUUAUAUCAGAAGUUCGUGAGCCAAUGGUUGUAGUUGAGCAGCCUGUUGGUGCUGAUGAAAUAAGAAGGAGGGAGCUUAAGUUGGCUGAAAUAAAAGUGAAGCUUUUUGAAGCAAAGCAAGCUUUGGAAGAAUGCAUUACUCUGCAGGAUUUUAAUAGAGCAUCAGUAUUAAAAGAGCAAAUAACUGAGUUGGAACACACAAAAAAUGAUCUGAUAAAAGCGGGAGAGCAAUGUGAAAUUAAAGAAAUGCAUGUGGAGAAGAGUGAUCCUGAAACACUGUUGAAGUGUCUGAUGAUGUGCUAUGAGCUUCUGAAGGUCAUGUCCCUUUCUAAAGGAAUCAGUCCAACCAUAACUGAAAUCAUUCAAUCUCUGAUACUUCCUGGCAUAACUAAUGUUCAUCCAGCUGUGAGAAAUAUGGCAGUUCUGUGUUUGGGUUGCUGUACCCUUCAGAACAAAGAAUUUGCCCAAAACCAUCUUCCACUGCUGUUACAGGUUUUACAAAUAGAUAAUAUAAAGAUAAAGCUCAGUGCUUUGAAGGCAAUCUUUGAUCAACUAAUGCUGUUUGGAAUUGAGCCUUUUAAAAGCAGAAGAGACAAUGACUCUCAAAGUGAAAGUGCACACAUUAGAACUGAAAAUGGUGAGGAUGAAAGCAAAACAAUAGAGGAUGAAGAAGACGCUGCCACAGUUCACAGCCUUCUGAAGCUACUUGCUGGUUUCUUAGACAGUGAGUUUUCAGAGCUUAGGACAGAAGCUGCAGAAGGCAUUGCCAAACUGAUGUUCUCUGGGAGGCUGAUCAGUGCCAAGCUCCUUUCUCGCCUUGUUUUGUUGUGGUACAACCCCGUGACUGAAGAGGAUACUCGGCUUCGACACUGUCUAGGAGUAUUCUUCCCUUUAUUUGCGUAUGCAAACAGGUCUAACCAAGAAUGCUUUGAAGAAGCUUAUCUUCCAACUCUGCAAACACUGUUAAAUGCUCCUGCAACGUCACCUUUGUCUGAAGUAGAUAUCACUAAUGUUUCUGAGCUGUUAGUGGACCUGACAAGACCAAGUGGACUGAAACUUCAGUCUAAAAAGUCUCAGGACUACCAGGAGUUAACAGUGCAUGAUAGUUUAGCCAUGAAGAUUUGCAAUGAAAUCCUGAUGGACCCAACUGCACCAGAUGUCCGUAUUUAUGCAAAAGCUUUAAGUUCACUAGAACUCAGUAAUUCUUCCACAGAGAAUCUUCUGGUGUUGCUCAAUGAGAUUCUAGAGAAAGUGGAAGAUAAACUGUGUCAAAAAACUAUUGAGAAGAUCAAGAUGAACUUGACCAAGGAUCCUAAUGUGGGCAAAAACCACUCUAGACAAACCGAGGAAACAGGUCUCUCUGGAAGGACACAGGACACUGACAUCCCAUUGCCUGAAAAUAGUGUUCACAAUGAAGAAGAAAAUAACACAGAUGCUCUUCAUACUCCAGUUAAUGAAGUUAAAGAAACGGCAGAAUUAAAAUCCACAAGAAACAAAACUGGCAAAGGACAGCGCAAAGCAGCAGCAGAAGGGAGGUCUGUGAGCAGAAGAAAAGCUGGCACAAGUGUAAAACGUGCUACUGAAAGUUGUGAUGAAGUUCCAGAAUCGGUCCCAGUGUCAAGUUCAAGGCCUCCAAGACGAGCAAAAACAUUGGCACUUGAAAAAACCAGAAUGAAUCUUUCAAGACUUUUGAAUGAGGAAGUGGAGAAUUGAAGACAAAAGGAAAGAAAGUGCCCUUUGCCAAUGCUGGUAGUUAACAUCAGACUUGAAAAAUGAGAUUUUUUUUUUUCUUCUUAGUCAUAUUUAACUCCUUUGAUAAUUCUAGAUUUCUAGAUUAUUUUUUUUAAACAAUGCUUUUUAUUAUUUUCCCAAUAUGAAGUCCCUCUAGAUUUCUAGAUUAGUUUUUCUUAAACAAUGCUUUUUAUUAUUUUCCCAAUAUGAAGUCCCUUUAGAUUUCUAGAUUAGUUUUUUUUUAAACAAUGCUUUUUAUUAUUUUUUAUUAUUUUCCCAAUAAGUCCCUCAUUCAUGUAUUAAAAACAUAAUAAAGUAUUACCUGAACAAAA